AUGUCGCUCAGGGAAGAAUCCUCGACAGCACACGCGCCGGCGAAGACCGUCCUGAGAGGGGCGGCGAUCUCCGGCUCACUGCGCAGGGCGUCGGCCAACACCGGCCUCAUCCGUGCUGGCCCGCUGAAGAACGCGCUGGACUGGGCAUCGCGGCCGCCGAACCGCUGGGGGGACAGGGCCGCCGCGAUCCUGAGCGCGUCGGGCGGCUCCGGCGGCGACCGGUCGCAGUACCACAUCCGGCAUGUCGGGGUGGCUCUCGGCAUCCACUUCGUCAUCAAACCGGAGGUGUUCACCAAGGCUCAUCAGCUGCCGAGGAAGUUAGACGACGACGGCAACCUGGUCGACCCGGAGACGAGGGAGCAGGUCAGGAAGCUGCUCCUGGCGCUGCAGGCGUUCGCGCUCAAGCUCCAGGGGAAGUCCGCAGACUCUGAAUAG